CCGCCCGGCCCCGCCCGGUCCCGCCCGCCCCGCGGGCCGGGCUCCGCGGGAGCCGCCGCUCGGCCGGAGCGGGGCUGGCGGCGGCGGGACCUGAGCGAUAUAUCUGAUGCCUUGUCUCGCUCUUCUCCCCUCCUAAAACCUCUUGAAGGAUGGCAGCCGCUUCUUUCCGCUACGGCAUGACCAUCACCGGGGCCGUGCUGCUGGUGGCGGGGACGCUGUGCUUCGCCUGGUGGAGCGACGGGGAGGUGGGCACCCAGGCCAGCAGCGGGGCUCGCCUCCUGCCUCCCCGGGAAGCCCAGGCAGCUCCCAGCUCCUCCUCCUCUUCCUCUUCCUCCUCCUCCAACGCCCUGCUCCGCUCCGUCAGCUUCUUCUGCUGCGGCAUCGGCGGAAUCCUUCUCCUCUUCGGGCUGCUCUGGUCUGUGAAAGCCAACGCCAGGGUGGUGUCCCGCCGCUACCAGUACCAUUUCCCCAGGGACCUGCAGUACUUCACGGUCGAGCCUCUGGAGAAGUGGAACUGCAGCACCUGGGACGCCACCGCCAUCCCUACUUACGAAGAAGCCCUGACCUGCAGACCUGCCCAUGGUGUCCCAGCCUACAUCCAGCCCCCGGGGAGGAAGGAGGAGCUCACACCCCCCUUGUACCACUACCUGGAGGAGGAUGAGGGCUGGCAGGGCGGGCGGCGGCGCAGCUCCUCUGACAGCGCCUUGUUCCGCCCCAGCCCCUGCUGGCUGGAGCCCCAGCCCCACGCCGAGCCGCAGGCAACGCCGCCCCCCAGCUACGACAACAUCAGCGGCCGCGGCAACUGAGCUGCUGGAGGCGUGGGGCUGGGACUCUGCGGGUGCCUGACCAGUCCCUCGGCUUUAAAUCGAGCCCCUUUCCCUGCUGGGGUGAGAGGAGGGUGGGCCCGGAGGGAAAAAG